AUGGCGGUCUAUCAGAAGGUCCAAGUCAGAUCAACGAAGGAUGAGUCCCUCCUUCUUGAAUGUUCAUGGAGCCUUUUUAAUGCGCCGCCUUCUGGAAACCCGUGGCAAUCCAUUGACAUAAUUUUCCAGCACGUAUCAUCACCUGGUGCAGCCGAACUCUCCAAUGGAUCCGAUCAUAUCUAUGUUCUCAAUGCCGACGAUGAACACAGCCCAAAAAGGAUUCUGCCCGAAUCUCUAGGUUCAGUUAAAGCAUUUCAAUUCUUCUUACAAUGUCUUCGCGCCACUGUCGUGUCUGGGUCCGAGGCUGGCCAGUGCCGCAGACGUUUAGCGAAGCUCAUCGUUCCUUUGCAAAAGGGGUAUAUUGUGCGCUCAGAUAUCGUUCCCCUCCGCCUUCGUGAUUGCCAAUAUAUUGAGAACGCAGUGUCAUUUGCAGUACCUCUUCAAAACUACCAAGGAAGUCCAGUUUCACUUUCAGAUAAUGCAAAAAACCUGUCAGCACUAUUUUCUGCGGCCGCGGCGGGCCUUUUUCUCCACCCCAAUUCGGAACAUGACUCGGAUGCUGAGCUUGAAGCAUUGUCCAUGGCAGUUGAAUCGGAACUCGAGAACAGGCUAUCGUUUCCAUGGAUACUAUCUGGAAAUGCACAACGCAAAACAUUGGUGCUAGUUGACGCCAAUACUGAUCACCCAGAGCAAGGCGGCACCGGAUCUGGCUUCUACCUCGCAGCCAUAGAAGUCGGUAUUAAUGUUGUCGUUUUUGACAACGCAGGGCACUGGCUCGAGGAUCCUGGCCUAGACUAUGCUCACUGGCGUGAGGCGUUUAUGCCGACCCGAUUGACUAAUCCAGUCUCGGAGGAUUUGGAUGAUCAUAUAACGAAAUCCCUAAAAGCAUAUGGUAAACCGGUGGAUGGCAUAGUUACCUUUGCUGAUACUUACUGGCCCUAUAUUGCCAAAGUCGCGCGACAGUUUGGCCUUCAGACCGCGCCGCCAGAGGGGCUAAGGACUGCCACGAACAAAUAUCUAACGAGCGUAUUUGUCGGCCAUCAAGCAUAUCGUGCAUCAAAUGUGGACGAAGCUCUUAACAUUGCAAAGAAACACGAGCUUCCAUAUCCGCUAAUUGUCAAGCCAUGUGAUGGCUGGAGUUCGGAGGGGGUAUCUCGCGUCGAUUCCCCAGGAACGUUAGAAGAAGCCAUCAGAUCUAUCGAUAUUUCUCGUCAUGGAACCGAAUUUGUUAUAGAAAAAUAUUGCUCGGGUCCGGAAUUCGACGCCAAUUUUAUCUUACUUGACGGCGAAGUCCUUUUCUUCGAUAUCUGCGACGACCUCCCUAAGUCGGCCGACGUCAAUGGGCCCAGUGCACGAUUAAUCACCAACUUCCACGAGUUGAACAGUGUAUACCCCUCGGCAUUGCCAGCCCAGGAAAUCAAGCAGAUUCAUGACAGCUUUUUGAACACGCUGCUCAAGCUAGGUAUUAGGAACGGCAUUAUGCAUCUGGAGGGUCGUGUUGAGCAUUCGUCGGUUGAGUACAAAUCGCAGAACGGAAUCCUCGAACUGUGCCCUGGUAACAUCGAUUCUACGACCCAGCCGCCAAAACCCUGGCUCAUCGAAAUCAAUCCGCGUCCCCCCGGAAUGACGGCCUCGCAUAUUACUGAAUCCACGUAUGGAAUUGACUACUGGGGUGUAGCCGUACUGAGUGCCGUUGGCGACAAACCUGGUGUUCGUGCUCUUUCCCAUACCUUCAAACACGGACCCCAGUAUACCUGCGUCAUGGCUUUUAUUCCAGCCGACUUUUCCGCCUCAUGUGAGGGCAUCUUCGACUCCGAUGACAUUUGUGCCGAUUUGAUGACUCGAAGACCAGACCUUGCCAAACAUAUCAGCAGGUGUGCAUGUUUUAUCAAGCGAGGGCAAAAGGUCCCGCAUCCGAACACGGGUCGAAACACUUUUCUGGCAUAUUUCAAUGUUUUCUCAAGAGCAGGGAGGAAGGAGGCUCUCGAUUUAGUGAGACAAGUCAGGGAGGAGAUCCGAUAUUCAUUUGUUUGA